AUGGAUGGACUGGGAAAACCCACACUGAGAGGCAGCUGUGCCCUAAUGGCUCUUUGGGUAUUGAAUGGUGGGAUCCACAUCAAACAAUUUCAGCCCCCCAGACCUAAACCAGUUCCUCGCAAUAACAGUUCAUCCAUAAUAUCUGCAUUUGACAUGGGAAUCAGUGAUGAGGAGUGGGAAAGACUACAGAAGGCUAUUGACUGGCCUAUUCCAGAUCAAGAAAUCACUUAUCUGAAUCAGAGCACAAGUCCAGUUCACUCAACUUUCUCUAUUGUGGGACUCAAAGAGAGCUACAAAGUUGGAGAAAAGAUCUCUGUUAUUAUCACAGCCAGAGACCACAACAAGAACCUGAAAAGAUAUGGAGGAGAUUUUUUCAAAGCAAAACUUUUCAAUACAGAGCUAAAGGCGAGUGUGUACGGGGAGGUUGUGGAUCAUCAUAAUGGGACUUACUCUGUUGAACUUCUUCUGCCGUGGGAAGGUCAGGCACAAGUUUUUGUACGUCUAGAGCACUCCAGUGAGGUUGUGCAGAUUCUUAAAAAAUACAGGGAUUCUUCAUUCCCACGCACCCACUUCAAUGGAUACUUUGAAGGGCCAGGACCCAAUAAAACCAGGAUCAGUGAAGUAGUAGAAUGUAAUAUUAAGUGGGGUGCAGAUGGAAAUUGGAGGAAAGGCGACUGCUGCUGUGAGCAUAAGGAUAUAAAAACAGGAACGGUGUGGCAGUGUGAGAGACCGAAGAAACUUUCCUGUGACAAACUGGUUCGUCACUCAGGCGGACGUUUGGAAAACCCAUUAAAUCCUUUUGAGCAGCAGCUUUUUACACAAAAAUUAACAAAUGUUGCUAUUAAUGGAGACAAAAAAAUCAUAAAUAUUCUUCCCAGCACUGCACCCAUUGGCACAAUGGAGAAAUGCAGGUCUGGCAUGACGACACCGGUUCCAGCAUGGUUUUAUUUGAAAGAUGUCUGGAAGUCUUUUGUAUGCAACACUCGACAGUUCAGUCCUGCACAAAUGGCAAACUGUCUUAAAAACAAGAUUGUCUAUUUGAAGGGAGACUCCACCACAAGGCAGUGGUUCGAGUUCUUAGAAAUGAAAGUGCCAGGCAUAAAAAGAAUGGACCUCCACACUCAUCCUGGGGGUGGCCCACUAAUGGCUGUGGAGCUGAAAAAUAAUAUCAUUGUUCACUGGAGGGUACAUGGUGUUCCUUUGCGAUUUGGUAAAAUAAUGCCUAUCAUUGACCUACAUUACAUCAGCAAUGAUAUUGAUGAAAUAGCCGGUGGGGCUCAUGCAGUCGUUGUCUUCACAUACUGUGCUCACCUGGUUUUCCACCCAAUAACAUUUUACAUAUAUGAAGUGGCCAAAAUCCGCCAGUCUGUUGUUGCACUGCUGAGUCGUGCUCCAGAGACCACCGUCAUCAUCAAGUCUGGAAACACUGCUGGACUAAAGAAUAUUUAUCAAAGUGAUUGGCACAUGUUGCAGUUGAACACUGUGAUGCGGGAGAUGUUCAGAGACAUUGAUGGAGUCAUCUUCAUAGAUGUCUGGCAGAUGACUUCCUGUCACUAUCUACGUGAAAACAUUCACCCAGGACCCGUCGUCAUUGGCAAUGAAGUCGACAUGUUGUUGUCAUAUAUCUGUCCUGCCUGAGGCCUGUUCAAGUUGAUUUGU